CCUUGCGCAUACUCUCACAGUUAAAUUCCAAGUUGUUGUUUUUAGACCGUUUCCAGGCGUUCCAGUUUGUCCGGUGAAUAUGAGCUACACGGGCCCAACUUAUGUGGGCCUGGACCUCAGCACACAGCAGCUCAAAGCUGUUGUUGUAGAUGAACAGUUGAAGGUCCUGGAUGAGGCGUAUGUCCAGUUCGACAAUGAUCUUCCGGAAUUUCGCACAUAUGGAGGAGUGAUUCACAGAAAGCAGAGCCCGAGUGUCGUUCAGGCACCGUGUCUCAUGUGGGUCAAGGCCCUGGACAUGCUCCUGGACAAGCUGAGGGUAUGCGGAGUGGAUUUCGCCCGAGUCCGAGGUAUUUCCGGUUGCGGCCAGCAACAUGGGACUGUGUAUUGGAGCAGGGGGAGUCGAGAGACACUGAGGAAUCUCAGACCCGAAAAAUUCCUUCAUGAACAAUUGGCUAAUGCCUUUGCUACGUCCAUGGCACCCGUGUGGAUGGACUCUAGCACUCGGGGGGAGUGUGCGAUUAUUGAGGAGAGGAUUGGUGGUGCUCUAAAAUUAGCUGAAAUGACGGGUUCACGUGCUUACGAGAGAUUUUCCGCCGCUCAAAUAACGAAAAUUCACCGGACUAGACCGGAUGUUUACAACACGACAGAGAGGAUCUCGCUUAUAAGUAGUUUCGUCGCCAGUCUUUUCAUCGGGGAUUACGCACCGAUCGAUCACUCCGAUGGAUCCGGCAUGAAUCUACUGGACAUUCGAACCAAAGACUGGAGCGGCGAUCUUCUCCAAAUCUGUGCUCCGAAUUUACGAGACAAACUAGGAGAUACGGUACCUUCUUAUGCAGACCUCGGUCCCAUUUCCAAUUAUUUCGUCGAGAGAUUUGGAUUCAACGAGGAGUGCAGAGUCGUCGCCUUCACUGGGGACAAUCCUGCCUCUUUAAUGGGAAUGAGAUUACAAAAGGGUGACCUUGCGUGCAGCCUAGGGACCAGUGACACUCUAUUCCUGUGGCUAGACUCGCCUAAAACAGUGACUGAGGGUCACAUAUUCUGCAAUCCGCUUGACAGCGACGCUUACAUGGCCUUGCUCUGCUUUAAAAAUGGGUCUCUGACUCGGGAAAGAAUUCGCGACAGCGCGGCGGGAGGCUCAUGGCAACUGUUCAAUGAAUUAUUGGACAGUACACCGAGGGGUAACUUUGGUAACAUGGCUAUCUACUUGGACACCAGAGAAAUUUUUCCCCCAUUAAUCGGCGACUACAGGUUCAAUAAAGCUGAUGAAAAAAUAUCAAGAUACAGUUCCAAAGAAGUUGAGGUCAGGGCACUUGUCGAGGGACAAUUUAUCGCUAGGAGGGCGUCUGCUGAGGAUUUCGGAUUUGUCAUAGGACCUAAUUGUCGAAUUAUAGCAACUGGAGGUGCUUCUGCGAAUAAAGCUGUCCUCCAAGUCCUCUCUGACGUCUUCAAUUCCCCAGUUUACACUUCAGAAAUGAAAAAUUCAGCUGUCCUGGGAGGUGCAUACCAAGCGAAGCACGCCCUCCAGGGCCGUGAAUCAUCCUUCGAACGAAUAACAAGUAGCAUUCCAGAGCCAACGUUGUUGUGCCGACCCUACAGCGACGCUGAAUCGAUAUACAAACCAAUGCUCGAACGCUAUCGCAAGAUCGUAGCCCAAUUGUUAGAGACGAAUAAACCUAGCUGAGACAUUCCGUCCGUAAUUGACUAGAUAAUUAAGUAAUUAAUUAAUUAAUUAAUCAAUUAUAGUAUAAAUCAGGAUUCCGCCCGAGGAGUUUGAAAAAUUCCUGCAAGUCUAGUGAACAAUCAACGAAUUUUUGAAUAUUUUUACUACGAGAAUUUUAAUUAUUAAUGACUAAUGAAAUUAAAUGGUGAAGUAAUAAAUUACCUCAAUUAAUUGAUGAA